AUGCCAGUCUAUCUGUUGCACGGCUUUCGCUGGCCACGACCGUUGAUUCGAAUCCACAUUAUCCUACAGAACCUUGACGACGCAGCAGCAGAAUGGCUGGUCGCGCAAGGUACCACCCAGACGAUGCGCAAGAACUUCAACGAACUCUACCCAGACGCCAUGAAACACCUCACGCGACUGCGCUUCAUUGAGCAGUACGAUCCGAACGAUCUCUCACCCACUGCAGCGAGCCAGCCAUACGCUUAUGUAGCAGACAUUGUCGAGGAAGUCGAGCUUGGCGUUGAUAUCGAUGAAGUGAGGGGCAGAGGUGUGGGUAAUGAUCAGUGGUCUGCAUUGCAAGAUCUACGAGACAAGAUCGCGCCAGAGGAGAAGGUGGGCUGGUAUGUGGUGGUGUGUGGAGACGAAGAACGAUGGGCACCGCCAACCAUGAGCCUGCUGCGGGAGAGUGGACAUAACGGUGUCCGGCAUGAAAGUGACGCGGACAGCUGCUGCCACAGCAACAAGCAGGGCUCUGAGGACAAGGACAUCACGCCUGAGCCUGAGCCGAAGGGAUUCAGGAAGUUCUUCGGGUCCAGCAAGUUGAGAGGACGGAGAAGGUAG